AUGAUGAGUGAUGCAAGUGACAUGCUCGCUGCGGCUCUGGAGCAGAUGGAUGGCAUUAUAGCAGGUUCGAAGGCGCUGGAGUACUCCAAUGGCAUCUUUGACUGCCAGUCCCCCACCUCUCCCUUCAUGGGGGGCCUGCGGGCGCUGCACCUGGUGGAGGACUUGCGGGGCUUGCUGGAGAUGAUGGAAGCGGAUGAGAGAGAGGGGCUGCGCUGCCAGGUCCCGGACUCGACGGCAGAGACUCUGAUCGAAUGGCUCCAAAGUCAAAUGACUAAUGGACAUAUAUCUGGGAAUGGAGAUGUGUAUCAAGAAAGGCUGGCUCGUCUGGAAAAUGAUAAGGAAUCUCUUGUUCUACAAGUAAGUGUGCUUACGGACCAGGUGGAAGCCCAAGGAGAAAAGAUUCGGGAUCUGGAGUUCUGUCUAGAGGAGCACAGGGAGAAGCUGAAUGCCACAGAAGAGAUGCUGCAGCAGGAGCUUUUAAGCAGAACAUCCCUUGAAACUCAGAAGCUGGAUCUUAUGGCAGAAAUUUCCACUCUGAAGUUAAAGCUUACAUCUGUAGAGAAGGAUAGAUUGGACUAUGAGGACAGAUUCAGAGACACAGAGGACUUGAUCCAGGAAAUAAAUGAAUUGCGGUUGAGAGUGGGAGAAAUGGACAAUGAAAGACUCCAGUAUGAGAAAAAACUGAAAACAACCAAAUCUUUAAUGGCCAAACUUUCUAGUAUGAAAAUCAAAGUGGGUCAGAUGCAGUAUGAAAAGCAGCGGAUGGAGCAAAAAAGCCAGAUGCUAAAGGAUGAGCUAGCAGCUUUGAAAGACAAACUAGAGCAGAAGGAAGCUGAGGUAAAAAGGUUGCAAGAAAAACUGGUUUGCAAGCUGAAAGGAGAAGGAAUUGAAAUACUGGACAGAGAUAUAGAGGUACAGAAAAUGAAGAAGGCAGUAGAAUCUCUAAUGGCAGCAAAUGAAGAGAAGGAUCGGAAGAUAGAAGAGCUUCGGCAAUCUCUGAAUAGGUACAAGAAAGUUCAAGACAUGGUGAUAUUGGCUCAAGGCAAGGAAGGUGACAGUGAAGACUUCUUGAAUUCAGGGUCUGUUUCCACAGUUUUAUUGGACACACCAAGUCUGACUGACCCAGAGAAAAGCCCAUCCCCAACCCCAGUAACAGCAUCUCCGAUCCACGAUGAGUUUAACGUGAAUAUUCACGAAGAGAUCCACACCAGUAUUUUACAGAUUUCAAUCCCUUCUUUUUCAUCAACAUCCAAGAGCUCAGAAACUGUUGCAGAGAAAGUGAAAACACAGCCUAGGCCAGAGACUGCAAGUGAAAUGAGUGAAGGAAGAUCAACAGGUUCCUCCCCAGAAACUCAGCUGUGUGACAGUCCAGUAACUUCUUCGCUGCAGAAGUCCAGCAGUCUGAGCAGUUUGAGAAAAGAGACAUCCGAAGCGGACAGAGACUCUGCACAGAAGCCAACAGAGGUUAAACCUCCUGUGGAAGGUAAUCAUUUCGCAACCCUCCCUCCAAAGUCUCCUCACGGUGGCACAGGCGAUGAGGAUAGUUUUGGUACGCGUAAAGCCAGAUCUUCAUUUGGACGAGGCUUUUUCAAGAUAAAAAAUAACAAGAGGACCGCGAGUGCCCCCAACCUGGCUGAAACGGAGAAGGGAUCUGCAGAUCACUUGGAUCUGGCUGGCUUGCCCCCUCGCCCAAAAGAAACGGAUAGUCUACAGAUGACUCCACCUUCUCCAGAUUCCAAGAAAAAGGCCAGAGGGAUCAAGAAAUUAUUUGGCAAACUUAAAAGAAGUCAGUCUACUACCUUCAACCCAGAUGACGUGUCUGAGACGGAGUUCAAAAGAGGAGGGACAAGAGCAACGGCGGGGCCACGACUGGGCUGGUCUCGAGACCUGGGGCAGUCUCACAAUGACCUGGACAUGCCGUUCGCAAAGUGGACAAAGGAGCAGGUUUGCAACUGGCUCCAGGACCAAGGGCUAGGCUCUUACAUUACUAAUGGCAAACACUGGAUACUGUCUGGGCAAACACUUCUGCAGGCUUCUCAGCAGGAUCUGGAAAAGGAGCUUGGGAUAAAGCACCCAUUGCAUCGGAAGAAGCUUCAGCUUGCUCUGCAGGCACUCGGGUCUGAAGAGGAAAACAAUCAUGGAAAGCUGGAUUACCACUGGGUUACCAGGUGGCUGGAUGACAUUGGCCUCCCCCAGUAUAAGACCCAGUUUGAUGAAGGAAAGGUGGAUGGCCGAAUGCUCCAUUACAUGAGCGUGGAUGACUUGCUGUCCUUGAAAGUUGUCAGCGUCCUCCACCACCUCAGCAUCAAAAGAGCCAUUCAAGUUUUGAGAAUAAAUAACUUUGAGCCCAACUGUCUGCGCAGGAGGCCAUCUGAUGAGAAUAACGUCACACCUUCUGAAGUCACCCAGUGGACCAAUCAUCGUGUGAUGGAAUGGUUACGCUCUGUGGAUCUGGCAGAGUAUGCUCCUAAUCUGCGGGGGAGCGGCGUGCAUGGGGGACUGAUGGUUUUGGAGCCUCGUUUCAAUGUAGAAACCAUGGCACAGUUGCUGAAUAUCCCACCAAACAAGACGCUACUGAGACGGCACUUGGCGACUCAUUUCAACCUCCUCAUUGGGCAGGAGGCCCAGCAGCAGAAACGCGAAGCCAUGGAGUCCCCAGACUACAUCCUCUUAACAGCAACCGCCAAAGUAAAGCCAAAGAAACUUGCCUUCAGCAAUUUUGGGAGCCUGAGGAAGAAGAAGCAAGAUGAUGUGGAAGAGUACGUGUGUCCUAUGGAGCUGGGGCGGGCAUCUGGAAGUGGGUCGAAGAAGGGUUUUAAGCCUGGCCUGGAUAUCCGAGUAUAUGACGAUGACGAUUUGGACAGGCUGGAGCAGAUGGAAGAUUCAGAAGGGACAGUGAGGCAAAUAGGAGCAUUUUCUGAAGGCAUCAACAACUUGACACACAUGUUGAAAGAAGAUGAAAUGUUUAAAGACUUUGCGACUCGCUCUCCUAGCACCAGUAUAACAGAUGAGGACUCCAACGUGUGACAAUAACCACCAGGCACUGACAAAGGCUCACUUUCCUAUGUGCAAGAAACGUCAUCAUUAUACAUGACGGGCAGCAGAUCAUGUACAUUACAUUGCUCUUGCUUCUGUUUGUUAGAAGUAAUAUUGGGGGGUGGAGAAUUUAAAAAAAAAAAAAAAGGAGAAAAAAAAAAAGGUGCCUACUCUAAAGUUGCCAUAAGAAACACCCAGACACUGGUGAAUGGUAAUUGUUUUUACUAUAUUUAAUGUACAAACUGGUGAUAUGUUUCAGAGUGUUGCAUUUAAAUUUACGUGGUAUGAUAGUGCUCCUUUUGCUUAUUCACGGCCUCAGAUAAUCCUUUGUACUGUUUCAAAAUAACAGAAGACGUUAGGUAGAAGUAUUGCGUCUGUAGAUACUGUGCAUCAGUUUUCUCUAGGCUCUCAGCUGAAAAAAGAUGUUACUGCUCUUUUUCAAGUGCAUUUGUUCAGCACAAAUACCAGCUCUGCCCUUCCUACGGUAUCCAGUGUAGGAUUUUAGUCAUCCAUGCCUUGCAUAAGCUCCCCGGUAGCUCUUGACUGUUGCUCUUAUUUUUAUACUGU